AUGGAAGCGCUGAAGGAAGUCAAAGAUCCUGGCCUGGGGACAGACAUUGUUUCCAGUGGUUUCGUGGGGGCCAUCAAAGCCGAUCGCGUCACUGGGAAUAUCUCCCUGGUGCUGGAGGUUGAAGUGUACCAGGCGGAAGUGGAGGAACGCCUUCGAAGUAUCUCCUGGGCAAAGGAUGUGCAGGUCAGUGUCGGCUCGAUUAAGCCACCCCCAAGUCUUCCCAGACCCAUGCCGCAGAUGCCGCAAUCCUUGGAGAAGGUGAAGAACAUCAUCGCCGUCUCUUCCUGUAAAGGAGGUGUGGGCAAGAGCACUGUGGCCGUGAACCUGGCCUUCGCUCUGCACAAGAAAGGUUAUAAAGUGGGCAUUUUUGACUGUGAUGUCUACGGCCCAUCGUUGCCUGUGAUGGUCCGCUUUCAAGAGGAGACGCCUCGAAUGGAGAUGUACGAAGAUGAGAAGAAGCAGAGGCACAUCAGGCCGGUGAUCCACCCCGAGACUGGCAUCAAAUUGGUCUCCUUUGGCUUUGUGGGCCAUGCCGCCGUGAUGAGAGGCUCCAUGGUGACUGGAGUGAUGUCGCAGUUGGUGAACCAAACCGACUGGGGCGACUUGGACUAUUUGGUUUUGGACAUGCCACCUGGCACGGGCGAUAUUCACCUGACUUUGUCUCAGAUUUGCCAGAUCACUGCCGCGGUCAUCGUGACGACUCCGCAGAAGCUGAGCGUCAUCGAUGUGGAGCGGGGCAUCUCGAUGUUUGGGCAGCUCAACGUGCCUUCCGUGGCAGUGGUUCAAAACAUGAGCUACAUGUCCAUGCCCAACGGCGAGAAGCAGUACAUCUUUGGCAAGACGGAUGCCGGUUUUGCCAUUGCGGACACCUUCGGUAUCGAACAGGUCUUCGAGCUGCCCAUCGAACCCUCAGUGGCCGUGGCUGGUGACGCAGGGAAACCCUUCGUGGCGUCGGAGGAAGCCACGGCGGCAGCGCAGGAGGUGGAGAAACUGGCGGAGUCCGUGAUCCAGGAAGUGGCAAAGAUCAAGGACAACCGACAGCAGCCUCAGUUGACCUGGGAUGCCGACAUGAAGGUCUUGCGAUUACAGGUGGAGGGCCAGGAGCUGGGCAUCGAUCCUCGGGAACUGAGACUCAGGGACAAGGGUGCCGGUGGCGUCACCCCACCUCCAGCCGAGCUCUUCCCGGAGGAGAUCGUUGAUAUGGGAAACUACGCUGUUGUCAUCAAAUGGAGCGAUGGAGUCGUGCAAGUGGCACCUCAUAAGCAGCUCAUCGAGGGAGACGAAAAGGGUCCCAUGCCUCAUGUCGAACUGACCGCUGCCGAGGCUGGACGCCCAGCAGACACAACUUCCGCGAUGGAAAGGGCUCUGCGGCCUG